GCCUAUGGCCCCGCCCAGUUGCUGUAGCGCUUUAGCUUUGGGCACGGCUCCUCCCAUGAGAGUAUAAACCCCGCCGUGUUUGAAGCUUUUGCGGAGCUGCAGUACGGCAGCAGGGAGUGGGUUAAGAUUCUUCGCUGGUGCUGACCUGUACAUAAGAGAAAUGAGCCACAGGCAGAAGGUUGAUUCACCGCGCUGCUCUGAAAAGAUAAAUUAUCCCGACCAGAUAUACACUGAGUCAGCAAAAAUCUUUCAAGAUAUUCAUAUCAAGAAACCACCAGAUAGGAUUGUCGUUAAGUAUGGUAAUGACUCUGGGAAGUCUCUAUCCAGCUUAAGGGAUGAAAAAUAUCAGCGCUGGGCCUAUGAGCUGGCUUUUAAUACUCUAAAAUAUCAAGAUCUACUUGAAACCAUAUUACUGGACAGCGGCUUCUACCAUUCUCAGCCACUACCAGAUGAAAUGACCAGUCUUGUCAUGGUGAUGCUCUAUGACUUCCAAGAUCGCAAGUUUCAACCCCGCUGUUUGGCCCACACAGUGGAAACCAUAGAGGAGGUGACAGAAGUGGAAAAAUUACUUUGCAGCUACAAAACCAGGCUGUCUGCUGCCCUUGCAAGAAGUCGAAUUAAGCAUGCCAUCCCAUCCAUUGACUUUAUAUUGCCGGAAGGUGUUAGAAAGCAGGAGCAGAGAUCAUCUACAGUACCACUCUAUGCCUGGGUUAAUACUGCCAAAACCAGCACGACAGAAGUCUGCGAUGGGCUGAAGAACGAAGGUUUUACUAAAACCGAUUCUCCUGUGGAUCUGGUUGGUUAUCAGUAUUAUAUGGACAAGCAGUGCCAGGAUGUACUGGUGUUUCCUCAGUAUCUUAAAGAUAAACUCAGCAACCUGGAAUUAUUCAUUCAUUACAGACUUGUACUACAGGACAAAGCCCACAUUCUUUCUGUACAUUCUGUGAGAGCUUUGAUGAACCUAGAUGAUGACAUUAUUGUGGCUGCGCCUUGUUCAGGGUACAUUCUUGCCCACAUGUCAGUGCUGACCAAUCAAAAUGCGUGUCGGAUUUUUGUAUGUGGAAGAAAGUCUGAAGCAAGGGAACGAGCACUGCUGGAAUUGUUUGCUGAUAUGGGGUGUAAAAAUAUCAAACUCCUGAAGGAAAGCUUCACUGAUCUGGACCCGAGUGAUCCGAGGUUACAGAAGGCUAAAGUUAUUCUCUUGCUGCCUCAGAGCUCUGGAUCUGGAGUCAGUGACCCAGUACAGUUUGUUUUAAACCAGCAUGGAGACACAUCUUUGCUUCAGGAUUUCUCCCAAGGAUCUGUCGGAACUGAUAAGCUAAACGCCCUUUCCAAGCAGCAGGUCACAGAGCUGACCCAUGCCAUGACAUUUAAUAAAGUGCAAGCUCUUGUGUACUGCACCUGCUCAGUGUACCAUGAAGAAAAUGAGGAUGUAAUAAAUCAAGCUCUGGGACAGAAACCGGAAAGUAACAAAAUUCUGACAUAUAGGAUUGGCUCUCCGGUUAUUCCACUUUCCUCAUCAGAACUGACACUACUGUCUGAUAAGUUUAUUAAAGUCCAACCAUCUGAGACUACCAAUGGAUUUUUUCUAGCUGUCUUGACAAAGGAGCCAGAUCCAGCUGAAGCCAUGUCUGCAACUGACAUUUUGGCCAGAGCUGCCUCAAAGGGACUUCUUGAUGGCAUUGGGAAGCAAAAAUCCAAGAAAGAGGGGAAGAAAAAGAAAGGCAGAGCAGCUGGUCAGGGCACAAAUUCUUCUCAGGCAAAGAUUAGCGAUUUUCUAGACCAGGAAAACAACCGAGUUGCGGCGCAGUCAUUGACACCCGAUUUUGCCAAGUCAAAUUUACAGCCAGCAGGCAGCGUAGGUAGGAAGCCUUCCAAGCAAGUCCUCGCUACACCUCCUGCAACGGCAACAGACAGAAGAGACAGAAGUUGUAAAAAUCAAAAACCAGCUAAGCCUAAAGCUUUGGGUAAAGAUGGGAUUUCUCCCAGGAUAAAGCCACAUGAGAACAUGGUGGUACUUCAGCCUGUGAAGAUAAUGCUGCCACCAGUAAUGAUGCCAUUUUACAGUAACCCACUAGCAACCAGAGUCCGUAACCCCAUCACUCAUUACCCUCCUCGCUGGCAUUCUGGAAUGGGAAGCAGGUCCUCUGAUGCCUUCAUAUCAAAACUAUCCACAAGUGGCAAGCCUUGGGAUAAAGUGCCCUCCAAUGUCCUUCAGCAUCCCAAACCUUGGCACUAAAAUGUACAGUCUUCUGCUUUUAUUUUAUUAUUCCAUCCUAUUUAACAUGAGUAUUGGACCAUGAAUGGAAGAGGCUUCACGUGCAUUCAGUUUCACUGUUUCUCUGGUAUCUACAGGAAAGAUCAUUCUGAGCAGACUUUCUUUUAUUGUAAGGAGUUUGUAUUUUGUGAGAGUGCGCUCCCCCGUGCCAGCUUAUAUACAAUAACCAAUAACACUGGCAUUUUCCUAAGUCUUAUUCUUCUGCUCUACUUUCCCAAAAUUAACCAAUUUAUUGGAGAUAUCCACAUCACACCCAUAUACAGGCCCAUAUUGCCACAGACACAAUUUUUGUAUGUUUUACAAAGUGGUGCCAAAUGCUGGGGAAAUAAACACUGCAAUAAAAACACAGUGAAUUGCACAGAUUCUUGCACCUUCCCCACAGUUAUUAUGUCUCAGAGUUGUUGCAACAGAUUUCGGGUCCCAAGAACCUGCCACAGAAAAGCGAAGGAUAUUCGAUUUAACAUUCAGAGAAAUAGGAGAGGGUUUAAACAGAAAGAUGUAAAUGUUGCUUAAACCUCAGUUCAGUGGGUAUAAAGAAAAGGAGAUUUGCUACAUUACUGGCAGCAAGGGGUAUAGUGUUUGCAUAUGGGCAGCUUUAGAGUAGGGCAAUGUGUGAAUUUGUACUGUGGUCCCAGCAUCACAGGGAAGAGUGGAUAUAAACUAACAGAGGACAUAAUAUAUUGUGUAGCAAUCACUGGAUAUACAGGUAUAAUAUCUGUUACCUGGACUUCUCUUAUCUAGGCCAUAGCAGGCAGAGAUCUGGGGAAAGUGGGGAAGAUUUUUAUUGCCCCACAGCAGGGUUGGGAGACCAUUUCUGGAAGGCCUGUAUAUCUGUAUUCAUAGGAGGUAUGGAGGCAUAAUAUGAGAAAGCUUCUCAAUAGGUAAGUCUUUACAGGGCCUUAUAAAAAGACCCCUUUUCAGAAAAGAACUCUUGUCGCAAGCAUUCCAGAUAACAACCCAUAACGGUAAAUUGGGUUUGCAUGUGGCAAAAUUCAUAUGUGGUAAAGAGACAUAAUAGGAGGAAUUUCCUCGAUAGAGAAGCCUUGACAGGGCUUCUAAGCACCCCCAACACCAGCCUCUAAUUUGGGGUUUAGCCACCAGUGGGCCCUGUUGGGAUUUGUUAUGUUUAAAUGUUUUUAGCAGCCUUGUGAUCCAGAUUAUGAAAAAAACCCUUUUAAGGAAUAAAAAAAACUUUGGUCCCAAGCAUUCCAGAAUACAGAACCCAUACCUGUAUUCAGAAUACAAUUCAGUGAUGUCCAAUCUGCUGCCCUCCAGCUGUUGAUGAUUGCAACUGCAGCAUCACAUGACAGCCAUAGGCUGAGCCCGUGGGCCUCCUGCAUUGCCUUAUGCCUGAUUGUGUGUUGUGUAUUAUGUGAAUAUAAAUAAAUGUCAUAUUGAGAAAUACAAAGAAUACAGAACAGUACAGAAGAACUGGCCUUUUCUCUUGUAAAAAGUGCAAUUCAUUAUGGCUGUAUUUAUUAUCCUGCAGUGCUCAGUGCUUUAUGCCCUAUUAAAUUGACGCUAUCAUUAAAGGCACCCCUAGUGCGGAGGAAUUUGUUUUGCACAGUAGCUCAUUACUGGAAUACUGGAGUCUCUCUCUGCUUUGUCUUCACUUGUCUGGAAUUAGUGGGACACUGGAGGGGAUCGUGUCUCUCUCAGCUGGAGAAUCUGAGGAGGAAUAUGAUGAAGCUCCUCUGAUUAAAAGGCUGCAGCCCUCAGCACUUGACAGGAGCCUCCCCCCCCGGCACAUCAGCUCAGGCCUCAUCAAACACCAUGUCAGCACCAUGCGGAGAUCAUGCCGACUUGGCAAUUAGCUGGCACACUGUCAACUCAAACCUGUAGCAGCAGCAACGGCACAAAGUUCUACUGAGUGAGCUAUUGAAAUCAAGUAGACUGAAAACCCUUAUAGGCAAACUGAGUAAAAUGUAAGCUUUCCAGAUUCUAACACAUCAGACAGUAACAUCUGAUCAAGAGAUGGAAAUAUAUCAUUUUUAAAGCGUAAGCUUUUAUGGCUGCCAUACACAGGCCAACCAUCUGGGGACAGCCUAUAGGGCUACAGUCCAUUAGACAUUCAUCUUGGGACCUAAUGUGCAAGCUUAUUAAUAAACUGACUGCACCCUCCCUUCACACAUCUAAAUAAAUAGCAUUAUAUACCCGUGUAUUGCAUGUGUCCAAAUGUAUUUAUAUAUCCAGUGAAAUCAUUGUAUGAUGUAACGGAACUUUUGUGACUGUAUCAGGGUUGCCUUCUGUUUAGUAAGCACCAGCCUUUCUAUCAUGUGUCCCUUUCUUCCCUAUUACCGGCAUUGGCAUCAAGUGUCUUUUUAAUAAGCCAGGCUGGUACAGUACUGACUAGGUGGCAACCCUAGCCUACAUAUGUGACUAGAAGGGCCUAGGGCGCCCGGCACUGAUGAUUAAUAUCAUCCCUAAUUCCCAGGGCCUCUGGGUGGUUGAAAUGCCCUGCACCCCCUCAAAUCCUGCUUGGUUAAAAGGCUGUUGCAUUUUUAUUGUGCUGCAUCUCUAAUGCACUCCCAAUGCUUUCAGUACAAAAAUUCUAACUAGAUUGGUCAGGAACAAGCCAAGGAAAUACCAGUAGUCUGCUGAGUUCAGGGGUAGGGUUGCCACCUGGCCGGUGUUUUACUAACCUGGCCUGUAAAAAAUGUUGCUUGAUGCCAAUGUUAUUAAAGAUAAAAGUAAAGGAAGACCGGUGUUUUUUUUUGCAGUAAAGAUGGCAACCCUUCCAAG